GGACUCUACCUACAGUCUUUUUCCGACCGGCAACAGCGCCGUGAGGAUAGGCAUCCCAUCAGACAGGACUGGUGGGGACGGAUGGAUGGGUAGAGAGAUAGCCUCAGAGGCUCUCUAUGGAUGGCGUGUGCCAUUCAAGCACCUUUGUGAAGAGACAAAAGUCGUGUCAUGACGUUCGUGUGGAGCUAGAACGAGGCGGCCCAGUCUGUUUCCCAAAGCCCGCCGCAGGGGCUGGAGGAUGACCCACAGCUGCGCUUCCAUUCUGCUAUGGGUCUCAGUGGCGUCUGUGUCGGCCGCCAACCACAUCAACUCGUACGCCGGACCAUUCGACAUCCACUUCAAAGAGGCGUUGCAAUGCCCGCAAGGCACCGUCACCGCGCCCCUGCUGAUGAACAUGUCAGGGACGCUGCUCUCCUCUCGCACCCUCAACGGCAUGGUCUACAACGGUGUCGCCUUCGUGGCAAGGAAGGUCACCAAGGGGGAUGUCGGCGUCAAGCUGGCCAUUGCCAAGUGGGACAACGUGGCCGGUUGGAGAGAAAAUUACUUCCGCCUUGAUGGUGGGGAAGUUUGCUUCGCGAUGAAGACCGUAGGGAAGGACGCCAUGGCGGAACUCCACCGAAACAACCCCCGCUUCCCGACAGGCUGCCCUCUCCCAGACGGGUCCUACUCGUUCCGAAAUUUCAGCACCGCCGCUCUGUCUCGGUACGAGCAUUUCCCCGUCUUUCCCUACGGCCGCUUCAGAGGCGAUUUGGGAUUCUACGACAUGAAGUCCAAAGAAGUGGCGGGCUGCAUCAGUGGCAUCAGCGAGGUGGUACCAAAGUUGAAGAACAAAAACAAAAAAUGAGUUGUUCAAUUCUAUUAAUUAUUUUAUGUGCAGAACUACAGAAAUUCACACUGCACAAGAAGUGUUUACAACUUGGCAUAACAGGGUCAAAUAAAAGCCGCAAAAAAA